UAUGCAAGUUAUUCAUUCACAUCCACAUAAUUAAAGUGAAAUAUAGCCCAAUUAAGAGGACUGCAGAGGGAAAGCAAUCAAAUAAAGGAGAUAAGAAAAGCCAUGGCCUUGGCAAACUCCCUUUCCAGUGCACUUUGCUCAAAAGCGCUUCUUCCCAUGACCACAAGUGCCCGGUACUCCAUUAAUUAUCUCCCAUCUCUCUUCUUUACCUCUUCCUCGCCCUCCUUCCAUUUAUCACUACCUCGCUGCCGCCGCCGCCGCCGCCUCUGCUGCCGCGGCGCUCCGGCAAUCCCCAUUAUUGGAGCACCCAAGAAGCUCCUCCCACCAACAGCUCUCCAGAACCAAGUACGGUGAAGUAAUUUCAACAAGAAGAGGGGAAGAGAAGGAGAUGGAGGAGCUUGUUGAGGCUAUCAAAGGAGGGUUAGGGUUAAACUCAAUUGGAGCUUCUGAUCAGGGCCACCUUGAGGCUUUGGAGUUGGUGGACUUGAUAGAGAGAUUGGGGAUUUCCAGGUUCUUUCAGGAAAAGAUAAAGGAGAUUCUGAAAACCACCUUCAUAGAAUGGGAUGAAAGAUAUGGGUUGGAUGAUCCGGCAACCACCGUCUUGGCUUCCGCUUACUUCGGCUUCACGGCUACCCUGUCUCUGCUGAUGUUAUUGAGAAUUUGAGAGGGGCGGAUGGAAAAUUCUCGUCCUUUUCAAUCGAAAGCCCGGCGAAGAUUUCGGCGAUGUUGAACCUGCAUAGAUGCUGGCAAACGGGCUUUCCAAGUGAAUCAGAGCUCAUGGAGGAGGUGAAAGAGUUUUCCACUUCUCAACUCACAAAAGCAUUUUCGGAAGGGGAUCCUUCUCUUCUGAAGCCAAACAACUUGGGCCAUGAGAUAAAAUAUGCUCUCGCGUACCCUCGACGCUACAAUUUACUAAGACUGGAAUCAAGAAGCAUCAUCAGGCAAUUGUGGCCAACCAGUACUGGAUAUAAACAGAUGUGUCUGCAACUGGCGAAGCAUGAUUUAGCGAUGCUGCAAAAAAUUCACAAACAAGAAACCGAAGCUCUUGAAAAAUGGUGGGAGGAAGAAGGAGCGUCGAAGCUCGAGUUUUCAAGGCCUGCGGUCGUGAAGUCGCACUUCGGCGUAUCCGUCGCCGUCUUCGAGCCGGAGUUUGCGGCGUUUCGCAUGGCUUUCGUCAAGGCUGGUUGCCUGGUGACGCUUGUUGACGACCUUUUCGACGCGCCAAAAUUUGGUGUCGACGGCUUAUCGCGCUUCACCGAUUCAUUUCUAAGGUGGGAUGAGUCUGGACUGGAUGAUCUUCCUGAGCACAAGGUUGUAUUUACAACCCUAAAAAACAAUGUAGUCGACAUGGCGGCGGAGUCGAGCAGGGCUCAAGGCCGCAAUCUGUUCCCCUUAUUCAAGGCUAUGUGGGACGAUGGAUUGGCUGCAGUUACAACUGAAGCGAAAUGGCGGAGCACGCGGCACGUGCCGACAUGGGACGAGUACAUUCGGAUCGGGCGAGCGACCAUCGCCGCCGACCCCUGCGUCUGGUGCGCGCUCUUCCUGAUGGGCCACCCGAUCACCGACGACAUCCUCCGGUGCAUCGGCCCGAACACCCGCUUCAUGCAACAGGCGGCCCUCGUGGCCCGUCUCUCUAACGACCUCGCCACGUUCCGCCGCGAGGCGUCCUGCGGAGAGAUGGCCUCCGCUGUGAAUUGCUACAUGCGGGACCACCCCGGCGAAUCGGAAGAGGAGGCCGUGGCGGCCAUCGAUCGGGCCGUCGACUCUGCCUGCCGGGAGCUCGAGUGGGAGCUCUUCAAGUCGCGGGCCGUCGUGCCGGAGUUCUGCGCGCGCGCGGCUCUCAACUUCGCGCGGACGAUGGCUUUCUUGUACAUGAGGGCCGACGCUUUCUCCAGCGCGUGUGACGAAGAAUAUGAGGGUCUCUCCCAGGAUUAUAUGUCUGGCUCCAUAGCAUAAACACUUCUUGCAAUCGCAAGCCUUUCAAAUAGUAAUUUAUUAUUAUUUUUUUUUGAUUAAACUGGGGUAAACCCUAUUUUACAAAGGAUAGUAAUUUAUUAUUAUUAUUAUUAUUAUUAUUAUUAUUGGGUUGAGACCUGUCACUUGUGAGAGAGGAAUAGGAGUAUAUCAAAUAAUGGGCCUUUUUAAUAUAAUA